GGGGCCAAGUAUGUCCGUUGUACGUCCCUUGACUAUACAUCUGCUUUCGACUCUGUACCUAGAGGUCUAUUGUUAAACAAGCUUAGCCUUACACAAACUGAGCCCUGGGCCAUCAACUGGCUACACUCUUACUUCUCUAAUAGGAUGCAGUACACGGUAUAUAAUGGUGUGUCUUCCUCUCCCUUGCUUACUGAAGCUGGAGUUCCUCAGGGUGCUGUUCAUUCUCCGUUUCUCUUUUCCUUCUUCUUACAUGAUUUACCUCUCUCAAAUGAAAUCAACUUCGUCAAAUAUGCAGAUGACCUGUCUGUAUCGUUUCCCAUUAAGUCUCAGUCAGACUGUCUCAAAUUAAAUAGCUUCCUGUCGGACAUCAGUCAGUGGUCCAAACUAAAUGGUCUCGUGCUGAAUCCCUCAAAAUGCCAGACUAUUGACUUCUCCCUUAGGCAUAAACGAGAUCUACAAACACUAGUAAGUUCUCAUGAAAACUGUUGCAUUGAGGGGACUACAAUUGAAACUAAGUCUAGUGCAAAAUACCUCGGUCUAGUUCUAUCUUCCGACCUUACUUGGACAUCUCAUAUCCUAACGAUUUCUAAUAAAGUGUUCUGUCUUACCUACAACAUUAAGAAACUUAGACAAUCUGGAAUCACCCAACCUCUAAUUUCACAAUUUGUCAACUCUUGUAUCUUACCUAUUCUACUUUACUGCUCCCCGUUAGUCUUUCCUGGUCUACUGAAAAAGGACUAUGCCAUCCUGAGAAGGAUGUUGAAGGUAGUCAGUAGGACUAGUGGUGUAAAACUCAGUCAGCUAGUCACUACUUUAGUUGAUAGGCAUCUGAAUACAUGCGAAAAAUGGUCUAAAACCAUAUUCUCCGACCCCCUACACCCCCUCUAUUCCCAACUCUCGCCUUGUAUCUCAUCAAGUAAAACCAGAAAUCAGUAUAAAAUAAUCUAUGCUCGUACAACCAAGUACAGGAACUCAACGAUACCAUACUUCGCCCGUGUUCUAAGCGACAGAGACAAUGUUAAGAGUGAAACUUAUGACUUGCUCUGUUAUUAACGACAUAAUUUUAGGCUCUUUUAUUUCUCUCUUAUUUCGUAUUCUUUAGAGAACUUCUUCUCAAACAUACUUAGCUACCUAAAAUAUUAACAUUGGCUUCCUUUUUUGUACUGUACUAUAUUCCUUCUAUUGUGUAUCCACUGGUUACGACUCUAUUAGCACUAUGAGUAUUACAAAAUUGUCCUGUCAUUAACCAUCAUGUAAUAUUAGUUUUGUGGCUGUUUUUUCUUAUUUUUCUAUACUUUUCGGCAAUAUUAAACUGACAAUCAUUGGUUGUGAACGCCAUAGUCACCACCUUAAAAAAUUUUGUAUUAUUCAGGAUUACUAACACUACCACCACAAACACUGCAUUAGACUUUGGUACUUUUUCACAUUUUGUGUUUAUCCUGUUUUUUGGCUGUUGGUGUUUGUUUAAUACUUAUUUUAAAUGUCUGUAAAAUUAGAUGCAAAUAUUGUAGAUAUGUGCUGAAAAUUCCACACUGUACCACUAGUACUGUUUCUGGAAUAAAGCAAAUUAUUAUUAUUAUUAUCAUUAUGAAC